GUGCGAGAAAAGAAGCGAUGAGUGAGGGAGGCGGUGCGGGUGGCUGCGUUUUGGGUCGCAUGUCAUACAAUUGCAGCAGGUAUCAUCAUCUCAUCCCAACAGUCGAGAUGAGGCGAGGCUUCGCUGCUCGCGCUGAACAUCAACACACACACACACACACAGUUUGACAGCCACUGUCCGUCCUUGCCUCCCUCUCUAGUAGCAAAACAAUACAGAGCAUCUUUGCGCGCGAUCGCACGCCCGCCCCGCAGGCAACGCCAUGACUUGCACAGUUCACAAAAGCGCAAUAAGAGAGAGGAAUAGGCAGCCAAACGACCUGGACUACUGUGUGAGCGCUCGCGCGCGCGCGGUUGUGGCCACGGUCGCUUGAGGCCGCGCGCUGAAUUCUCAACGGGCGACAGGUGCACCUUCCUCUCGCGAGCGGGAGAAUAAAUGAGAGCGGUGUUAAAGGCUACCAGGAGGAUGUCGGGGACAGCUCUCUACAAAGCAAAAUUCUUGUCAAGCACGCGCUCGCUUUUACGUUGCGUUUGUCAAUUCGGAGUCGUUUUCUGGGUUACUGAGUGACGAAGGGAAUGUUUUCGAUCACUGCGUCACACAUCACACACUGCGAGUGACAAGAGACGAUCAAUGGACGCACUGGGGCAGCGCUAAGCGCUUCGCCGAAAAUUCUCCACUUCUCCGUGCCUCGAGAGGACUGUUGGCUUUAACGCGCUGGACGGAUGAGCGGGAUGCGCGCGCGUCAGAGUAUGACAUUCUCGGCAUUCCAGCGGGCCGCUCUCAGGGCGCUCGCGGCCUUGACGAUGCUUCUGGCGACCUCCGUUCGGAGCAACUUCGUUUUCGAUGAUGACCCCUUCCAGCCAGUUACCCAAGAUGAGACGGUGGCAGUGGGUGGGGUGGUGACCCUGACCUGCAGUGUGAAGGAAAAUGACAACUCCUCUCUCCAGUGGUCCAACACGGCUCAGCAGACCCUGUACUUUGGAGAAAAGAGAGCACUGAGAGAUAACCGUAUCCAGUUGGUAAAGUCCACGGGCACAGAGCUGAUAAUCUCCAUCUCGGACGUUCAGCUGUCAGAUGAUGGAGAGUACACCUGUUCAAUUUUCACCAUGCCUGUACGGACUGCACGAGCCACAGUUACUGUACUGGGUGUUCCAGGUAAGCCGGUGAUAACAGGUUUUGAUGAUCCUGUUGAGGAGGGCGGGAAGGUUUCUCUCACAUGCACAAGUUCAGGCAGCAAACCUCCUGCUAAACUACACUGGUACCGUGAUCAAGAGGAGAUACAAGGGCGUCCUGAUGUUGUGGAGUCCAACACUGAUGAACCGACCUACACAGUAACCAGCGAGCUCACCCUCACCGUCACCAGAGACGAUAACAACGCUCUGAUCGCUUGUGCGGUGGAUCACCCAUCCAUUGCCAAUGGAGACAAGAGGACAGAGCAGCCCCUCAGCGUCUUGUUUUCUCCAAGCGUGUCCAUUCAGCCAGAGAGUGACCUGCCCAGAGAAGGAGAGAAGUUUUUCCUGCAGUGUGUGGGGAAUGGAAAUCCAGAGCCGACUGCGUUUGUGUGGCGGAGAAAAGAUGCAGAGCUCCCCCCACUGGCAAAGGUGGAUGGUGCGUUCCUGCGCUUUGAAUCCCUCAACAAGUCGGAUAAUGGUGUUUAUGAGUGCGAGGCUGAUAACGGGAUCGGCAUGGGGGACAUAGCGCACACCCUUCUGGUACAAGACCAGGAAGAUUCAGACCUCUUUAUUCUCACCUCUACUCUCCCUUCAUCCUCUGCUUUUCCCACUGAUUCUCCUGAACCUUCAGUUUCAACAUCUACUGAAGACAAAACUAUUCCUCCAUUCUCUUCUUCGUCGUCUUCCACUACCUUCCCCACCUCCACUCUUACCAUCUCCUCGACUCUCCCUCCUUUCACUUCUGCUCCUUCCACUCUCCCUCCUUCUCCUGAAGUUCCCACAACCUCUCUUUCCAACGCUCUCUUCCCUGAUCUCACUCUUCUGCCCUCCUCCGUUCCUACUCGCACCCCUCCCUCACCCCCCUCCUCCUCCCCUGCCACUCCAUCAUCUGUUCCUCGGCUGAAUGGAGUGCACACCUUUACAGAAGAAGCCGGGGUGAAGGCUGCAGACCCCACAGCGAUGUCCACCUCUUCAGGAGUAGACCAUGCUGUGAUUGGUGGAGUAGUUGCUGUCAUUGUCUUCAUCAUGCUUUGUCUCCUCAUCGUCCUCGGCAGAUACCUCAUCAGACACAAAGGUACGUACCUGACUCAUGAAGCGAAAGGAUCCGACGAUGCUCCUGAUGCAGACACGGCCAUCAUUAACGCUGAGGGUGGCCACUCUGGGGUGGAUGACAAGAAAGAGUACUUCAUUUAGAGAUCCAUCCCUCCGCUCCCUCUUCCUUCACACGCUUCAGUUCACUCAGCCUGACAGGGAAAAACGGGGAUGGCAGAGAGAGCGGAAAUAUGUGAGGAAAAAAAAAACAAAACAAGUGUUGACCUGUUCGAACUGAAGGACCUCAAAUAAGGUUUGACACACAGGACAGGGAAGUGAGAGUUACGCACUGGCGCGUGGGCUCAUUUACACACACACACACACACACACACACACACACACACACACACACACACACACACACACACACACACACACACACACACACACACA